UUGUGCUAAAUAGUCGUUUCUGGCUACCAUUUACUAUUAAUGUACAUACCUUCUCUUUAUAACGAUAAAAUCAUUAUUUUUCGAGCCAACUAAAGUUAAAUAAAUUAUUAUUUUGAUGUCAAUGGAUAGGUAUUUAAUUAUAUCGCGGUUUUUGCGCUGGAAGGUUGCCCCUAUUACAAAAAUGUUAAUAUUUGUUAAUGUUAAUUAUUGCAAUUUCUUCUAAUGAACAAAUGUGUUCAACAUUUAAAAACAAAUUGUGCUUCUCAAGUGAAUCAUUUUGUUACAAUCUAAAUAAAAUAACAAUAUAAAAAAACAAUUAUUAAUGAAUGGCCACAUACAACAGAAAUCUAUCGUGCAAUCAAUCAAUUAAGCCCCAAAUAGUUCCAAUUGUCAAUUUAUGGAAUAAAAAAAUAGUGGAAUGCCACCGUCAGUCCGGUUGUCAAGGAAACCGAGCAUUACAAACGCUUUAGUAUUUCAAGGGAACUUAAAAUUAAAGCAUGGAAAGCUACAAAAUAACGGGACGGGCGGGCGAGGGGGCCCACGGAUUUGUGUUCAAAGGUGUCGACUUGCGGGAUAAGAGGACGGUGGCGAUGAAAAAGAUCCCGGUCAAUCCAGAUGCUCCGAUACCGAAAAAUACGAUGAGGGAAAUCUUAGCGUUGCGGGCGCUGAAGUCUAAAUACAUCGUUCACUUACUCGAUAUCACUUGCAUGGGAAGCGCGGUGGUUUUAAUCAUGGAGUAUUUGCCUUGUAGUUUGGCCGACGUUAUUAAAAAUUCCAAAGUCGACUUGAGCUUGGCUCAAGUGAAAACUUACGCGAAAAUGUUGCUCAAAGGUGUAGGCUACAUGCAUUCCAGAAAAAUCAUGCACAGGGAUAUAAAACCGGGAAAUUUGCUGAUAAGCCCAUGCAGAGUGUUGAAAAUAGCCGACUUUGGACUUGCCAGGAUUUACGAUAAAGAUAAGCGACGGCUGUACUCCCACCAAGUCGCUACGAGGUGGUACCGGGCUCCAGAACUGUUGUACGGUUCCAGGACGUACACCAAUUCCGUGGAUUUAUGGUCGGUGGGAUGCAUUUUGGCAGAGAUGAUCAACCGCGCCCCCCUAUUUCCUGGGGAAUCGGAUAUAGAGCAGUUGGCGAUCGUGCUGAACGCUUUGGGUACCCCGAACGAACGCAACUGGCCUGGCGUGAAGGACUUACCCGACUAUAACAAAAUUAGGUUUCGGGAGAGCAAUGCCAGAAGCUGGAGGAUUAUGAUACCCAAAGCGGACGAACCGACUCUGGAGCUCAUUAAGAAUUUAAUUUGUUAUAACGAUAACAACCGGCUCCAAGCAAAACAGUGUCUGAACCAUCAUUUCUUCGCUGUGGAACCAAAACCGGCGGCUCUGUAUGAUAUGCCGAAUCCCGAAGAAACCAAAAUUGAAAUCCCCUCCUUUUAUAUAGAAGACUUCGACGAAAUUAUCGACAAAAUAAACGGCAUUUAAUAGAUGAUAUUCGGAGCUUUAUUUUAUUUUAAUACCAAUAAUGGCGUUAUAAAGAUCGUCCUGCAACGAAGUCAGCAAUUUUCGAAACCAUUUAAUAAAGCGGAAUGCAAACGGGAAACUUAUUUCCUAUUUUUAUCUGGAUAUCUCGAAUUAGUUGUACUAUCCGUGCGUUUUUGCUGAAGCCUCUUAUACAGGGUAGAAGUAGUAUUUUUUGAAAAUUUCAACUUGACACAUCGAGGUAUUUUUUCAAGGAAUUUGUGCAUUUAGUGUUUUGACACUUUUGAAAUUUUCACUAAUUUUAACUUUUUUGUUUUGUAAACGUGGUCAAGACAAAAAAACAAAUGUGCAAAAAAUUGAUCUCAUUAAUAAAAUUGUUUGCUUUUGAAAAUGAAAACAAAAGAGUUUCCGCCUGUAAUUAUUUGCAAGCCGUGUGAAAUCAAUCAGAGCAAUAUUUAAACAAAAGAAUGAAUGAUAU